AUGAUAAUGAAUACAAGCGAUCAUGAGGCAAUUGAAAAUCUUAGUUUUAUUAUAAAUAAGUUAAAUCGUUAUAUUCCGAUAGUAUUACUUAUUCUAGGAAGUAUUGGUCAUAUAUUGAAUAUACUCGUUUUUGCUCGACCACCACUUCGAACAAAUUCAUGUUCAAUUUAUUUAAUUAGUGGCAGUAUCGCAAGUUUUGUUUCACUUUAUGUUUAUUUAAUAACAUCUUUUCUCGCGACAUACAAUCGUGAUCCAACACAAAAAUCUAAUAUUUUAUGUGAAAUACGUUUUUAUCUUCGUUAUUCAACAAUUACACUUUCAACAUGGUUUAUUCUCUUCGCAUGUAUCGAUCGAUUGUUUACAAGCUCGAAUAAUGCUUAUAUUCGAUUGCGGAGUUCAUUAUAUUUAGCUAAACGUACUAUAGUUAUAGCUAUUAUUCUUGUUUUAUUUGUCCGUAUUCACAAGUAUUUUAUUGCUAUGCAAUUCAUCGAGACAAUAUUUGCACACAAACAGAUCAAACAUGUAAAGUUGUAA